AUGAAUCCGAAGGAAUACCUCGUGAGAAGACAAAGUGUUGAGUGUGUCCAUGUGGAUGAAAAAUUGGACUUGGCCCCAUUGAAGAUUAAAGACAAAUCUUAUCACAAACAUUAUGACCAGCGUUGUGUAAAACUUGCUGCAGACGACAACGUGAGAUUAGGGAUGCAAAUAUUGUGCAUCCAUAGAUCAUACAACAUGCCCUUCUCGUUCGUUGUGGGGCAAAUUUCAUACUCAUGCAAUGAUUGGCGUAUUGACGACGAGAACCAUUGUAUCAAUUGUACCAUAAAGUGUCGCUUUUUUCGUGAUAUUUUAUUCACUUGUCCGGAAGCUGAAGAUGAUAUGGCACAUGACACACGGAUUAUCGAAGUUAACAAUUUUCAUUGUCAUAUAAGGGCUUAUGGGGCACCGUUUCUUGAUUCAUCUGGUCGUGUACUUAAUCUAUAUUUCUUUUAUGAGCACAAGGACUUUGCAGUUCACGUGAUUCACAUAAAACAAUUUAUGACACAAUGGCGCUCUGAGCGUACAUUAAGCAAACAAAAACACAAGCAUGAUGCUGCCCAGAGAAAGAGAAAGAGUAGGAAGAACAAAGAGGGUAUUUAA